ACCAUCCACUCUGCUGCAGUUUCACAUGGUGGAGAGUACUGGUGCCUAGCGAGGAGAGGGAGACCCGCUGUCUACACACCGUCCAGUGACUCUCUUCAGCUCAGCAUAACUGCUCCACCGCCUGCUGUGCUAACCCUGAACCCUGCAUGGAGGAAGUUCUACCCCACUGAGAAAGUGACUCUCAAAUGUGAGAUUCAGACCCGUCAGACUGAGUGGAGUUAUAUGUGGUACAAAGAUGGAGCCUCUAUCAACAGUGCGCUCUCCAGAGGACAUGAGUACACAAUCCCGGUUCUAAAUCAGUUACACAGUGGAAAAUACUCCUGCAAAGGGACAAUACCAGGAAGACCUGUUUACGCUGAAAUGAGCAAAGAUGUGACCCUGACUGUAGAUGGGGAGGCCCCCAAACCCCUGCUGACUUUGGACCCCCCCAGUGGAGAGAUCUUCACAGGAGAUACAGUGACCCUGAGCUGUAGGGUUGGCACAGAUCCUGCUGGCUGGGAGUAUCUCUGGUACAAUGAAACACAGGGAGCAGCACUGACCAGCACUGACUCCAGCAGCACUGAUGGGUCCCGUUACACCCUCCACUCUGCUGCAGUUUCACAUGGUGGAGAGUACUGGUGCCGAGCAGGGAGAGGGAUACCCGCUUUCUACACACCGUACAGUGACUCUCUCCAGCUCAACAUAACUGCUCUACAAUCUCCUGUGCUAACCCUGAACCCUGCAUCGACAAAGUUCUACCCCACUGAGAAAGUGACUCUCAAAUGUGAGAUUCAGACCCAUCAGACUGAGUGGAGUUAUCUGUGGAUCAGAGAUGGAGCCUCUAUGAACAGUGUGCUCUCCGGCAGUGGAAAUGAGUUCACAAUCCUGGCUGUAGAUCAGUCACACAGUGGAAUAUACUCCUGCAAAGGGAGAAAACCAGGAAGAGAUGUUUACACUGAAAAGAGCAAUGAUGUGACACUGACUGUAGAUGCUCUCCCAGACGUGGUUCUGACUCUACAGACUGGAAGGACAAGCAUCUUUAACACAGAGAGAGCAGCUCUGCACUGUGACAUUCUGGACCGCUCUGCUGUGUGGAUGCAUAAAUGGUACAGAGAUGGACGAGAACUUCCUGUGGGCACAGCUGAAGUCACCUAUGAAAUCCUGUCUGCUGUUCAAUCAGACUCAGGAACAUACACAUGUAAAGGACAGCAUAAGGAAAGAGUACUGUAUACUGGCAGCAGCAAUAUGGUUGCACUCAAAGUUAACGGGGAGGCCCCCAAACCCCUGCUGACUCGGGACCCCCCCAGUGGAGAGAUCUUCACAGGAGAUACAGUGACCCUGAGCUGCAGGGCUGGCACAGAUCCUGCUGGCUGGGAGUAUCUCUGGUUCAAAAAAACACAGGGAGCAGCACUGACCAGCACUGACUCCAGCAGCACUGACGGGUCCAGUUACACCAUCCACUCUGCUGCAGUUUCACAUGGUGGAGAGUACUGGUGCCGAGCAGGGAGAGGGAAACCCGCUUUCUAUACACCGUACAGUGACUCUCUCCAGCUCAACAUAACUGGUAACAUAAGAAAUACAAUUCACUGCUUUUUAUCAGUCUAGUGUAUGAUACAGCUAAUUAUUAUGUAAUGAUAUUAUAAUGUUACUUUCACAGUUCACCUUCACCUGGUACAACUAAAAUAAAAUGAAUCGUAGUGCCAUUACUGUACAUGCAUACAAACGCACAUGAGCACAUGCAUGUCUACGCACACAGACACACACAUACAAAACCAAUAUAAAUAAUAUUUUCAUUGUACGUGCAUACAAGCACACAUGCAUAAACAUUUGCUGUCUGAACAUUUUUGCAUGCUUUUUUGUAUGAUCGUAGUUGCCAUUUCACUGUAAUCAGGUGAACUGGUUUCUCUCUAGUAGCAUUGAGUUCUUCCUGUAGCUGUGGUGUAGUUUUAUGACAGUUUCUCUUGCUACACAGCACAAGAUAUUUGUCUUCUGCCUUCUGAGUGUGUACUGAAAACUGCACCUGGAAAUCUUAAAGCUGCUUUGCAAUUCCUGACUGGGAAUAAGCUUUUUGCCUCAAUGUUUACUUGACUUCGCACAUUUAAGCUUAACUCCUUUUUGCAAUAAUUCUUGCAACUUAAUGCCUAUUUUCCAUGCAUUACAGACUGGUAAAAUAGGCACUUCUCUCCCACCCCUCCACCUCUGACUGCACAAUGAUUAGAUAGACUUCCAAUAAUUAAUUUAAUCAUAAUUAAAGCCAAAUUAAGAAUAUUUUAAUAAAUGUCAUUUCUAAGACUAUUUUUAAGUAAAAGUCUUAUUUUUGUGUUAU